CGAACAAAAUAGUUCAGUGUGGAUGCCGAAAUAGUUCGCUAUGAGGUAUAGACAAAUAACCACGUUUCAAUGUGUCAUGCUGUAUCAAUACGAAAAACACAAAAACUAUAAUUUUAAAAGUUGUUAAUGUGAACAGUUUGACCAAAUACUUUAACAAUUGCGAAAUGAUGGGGCCGCGUAAUGAUAUUUUAUGCUAAUUACAUGAUAAUGUGAGUGACCUACUGGAGUUGCGAGUGUUAUUUAUGGAAAAUCAGCGGAUGUUCAGCUGUAAAUUCGUGGAUAUUUAGGUCGCAGUGGCUAAAUUGGGUCACACGGACGAAAGCCCAUGGUCCACAAUGACAACAGUGAAUGACACUGCGUCCCCAUCUUCUACAUUUACGAAAACAAAAACUGCAGCAUCUUCAACAUACACACCAUCAAAAACACAGAUAGAGGUGAUACCCUGCAAGAUAUGUGGAGACAAGUCCUCGGGAGUCCACUAUGGAGUCAUCACAUGUGAGGGAUGCAAGGGCUUCUUCAGACGCUCCCAAUCAGGUCCGGUCAACUACCAGUGUCCACGUAACAAGCAGUGUAUCAUCGACCGCGUGAACAGAAACAGGUGUCAGUACUGUAGACUACAGAAAUGCCUACUGUUGGGGAUGUCACGAGAUGCUGUGAAGUUUGGUCGAAUGUCUAAGAAGCAAAGAGAGAAGGUAGAAGGAGAAGCCCAGCUGAUCAAGGCUGGGGUCUCACCAGGCGUUAAUGGAUACAACACGAGUGACAACUACCUGUACCGCAAUCAGAACGGGUUUUACUACGGGGACGGCAGCACGCCCGUCAGUCCUGGUAGCAACCCCACAUUCAGCCCUACAGAGUCCCCCACCAACCCACUGGCUCCCUUGUCUGUACUAAAGACAGUAGAUAUACUAGACACAGUUUCGUUUGGCAAGGCCAUUUUGGAGGCCCACCAGAGGACAAGUCCGUACAAUGCUGAAACCUUACCUCAGAUCAAGUGUGUCGAUAUGGACGUGAUCUCCAUGUACCAGAAUAUGUCUCACAGACAGAUCUGGGCGGAGGUGGCAGACAAGCUCACACUGGCCGUACAGCAGAUCAUAGAGUUCGCCAAAAUGGUUCCAGGCUUUAUGGACCUUUCUCAGGAUGACCAAAUCAUGCUCCUUAAAGCAGGAAGUUUUGAACUGGCAUUACUACGCUGUACAAAUGUGUAUGACGCCGCGUCUGACAGUGUGGUCUUCGGUGAUCGCUAUGUGCCUUUGAAGGCCUUUGCCAACUUAACGGAGGAGGAAAUUUUACUUCAAAACCAGAUCUUUGAUCUGGUCAAGACUUUACAGCAGAUCGACCUCACAGAGCCAGAAAUGGCACUCUUUGGAGCAACGCUGUUGGUCCGACCAGAUCGACCUGGGCUGAAAGAUCUGACAGACAUUCAGAGGCUGUAUGAGAAAAUCAGCUCCGCGUUGAAAAUGGAGCUUGGUAAAAACAAUCGUGAAGAUGAAAUGAUGAUAACCAAGCUGAACCAAAUCACGUGGUUUGUCAGGAACCUUAACUCUCAACAUAUAAAUGUGCUGAAUAGAUUCAAACAGGCUGAGCCUGAUAUGGAGUUUCCUGCCCUUCAUAAGGAACUCUUUAGUGUGGAGGGAUUAGAGAACUCGUGAGAACUCUUCAGGAAAGAGAAAUGAAGGUGGAAAAACUCCAAAAACAUUUGAAUUUCAGGUUAUUUUUAGUAACAAUGAACUCUUCAUGUGGAGGAGGCAAAAAUAUGUUUUUAGUAUUAUUAAACCUUUCAUUUGGAGGAGGGAAAUGUCUAUUUGAGAUCAUGAUCAUCUGAUUUGAUUUGGUGUGGAAACGAAGCUUGUAACACAGUUCCUUGACAGUGUCAGUGCAUUGCUAAGAUGUGUUUUCCAGUCUUUCAGCUCACCUGAUCAUCAUUUGAUUAUUGUGACCAGUCUAUGUCCAGUGAUAUGUCAUGUGUCCUCAACUUUUAGCUUGUAAUCGCUCUAAAGGCCAAUUUGUUUCAUAUAUAAGCUUAUCUGGUAUAAAUAAACAAAAACAUUGUUCAGAAUAUGUAUCUUGACAAAGUAUAGAUGGAGUUAAAAUCUGCGUCAUGUGUAUUUAAAAACAAGGUCAUUAGGUCAAAUCUGAGACGAAUGUGUAAUCAUUUUAGAAGCCAUGUUUAUUACUUAAUCUUGUUGAAACAUCUCAGAAUGUUUAUCUCGACAAAAUGAAGGCCUCAGUUUGUAUCAAGGUUAUGUGUGUCCAAAAACUAGUCAACAAGUCAAAGCUUAGAAUGGCCGUAUUACCACUCUAGAAGCCACGUUUAUCAACAUAUGCUUAAGUCAAAAAUGAUCCACAGGAUAUGUGGUCCUAUAACUUUAGAUUUUUACAUGACCAGAGAAUAACUGACUAAAUCAAAUGCCUUUGAAAUUGAAAUUUUCAGAUGUUUACAACCUCAAGGAAAGGCCAACUGUUGCAUUGUUGCCUGGUAUUGAUGCACAUGUGUAAAAAGAAUGAAAUCAUUAUGCAAUAAUAUAGACCUAUGAAAACUUUUCAUUCAUUCCAGCGAUUAUAUCUGAACAUUUUCGAUGGAAUGUGAGUUGGCUUCGGACAGGGUUGGAAGCAUGACGUUCUCAUUAAUAUGUUGUCCCUCCGACGCUGUAUACAGCCCAUCUCCCUGCGACGUUGUAUACAGCCCAUCUCUCCCUCCGACGCUGUAGACAGCCCAACUCGCGUUCGCUUGUAAAUGUUCGGAUAUCUUGGCAUGAAAUUCACAUGAAGUAUAUUUUGGCACAAAAAAAUAAAAAAAAGCACUUAGUAUCUAAUUAAAUCUUUGUUACCAUACCACAGCAAACUUUGAAAUUUUUGCAAUUGCUAUAAGGAACACUAAUUUUUAUGAGUUACUAAAUAUUUUUGAGUAUUUUUUUACUCUAAUGAAACCUGCUUAGAAUGUUUAUCUUGAUAUGAUCAGUGGCAUGUUUGAGUCUGAGUAAAGUAGGGUCAAAAACUGGAUCACGAGGUCAAAUCUAUAAAAAGUGGUGUACCUCAAGUGAGCACUUGAAGGCCAUUAUAGCCCUCUUGUUUAUGGAAAGGUUGAUUUUUAAAUUGUAAGAAUUGAUGAUCAGUUUAUCUCUAUAUGUUUAUGCAGGGAUUUGUGAUUUUGUUGUAAACACCUUCAUUUUUGUUAAAUCAUGUGGACAUACAUUUUGUUAAGGUCAUUCAAUUAAGUGCCACAUUUGGUGUAUGUAUAAUAUAUAAACAUAUUUUUGUGUACUCUAGCUAAUUUUGUGUGAAAUGGUAUUUUCUUUCAUACACUAAAAUGAACUACAGGUACAUUUAACCCCAAACACUGAAUAUAAGUGUGAGCCUGGCUUUUGCAACAUAUUGUAUUGAGACACAUCUGCUUGAAGUUAAAUAAUCCUGUCAUAAAUAAUUCAUGAGAACAUUAAACAUUGCCACAAAUUAGUGAUAAGAUGUCAUCAUAUCCAUGGGUAGUGGUUGGGCUAUGGACAUUGUAAAAUUGUAAUAACAAUAUUCUAUCAAUAUUUGUAUUCAUGAUCAUAUUCAUAACGUUCUUACUUUGAUGGAAAUUAAUUACCUUCCUACUUUAUUUGAAGAGGUACAUUUAACAGAUUGGUUAAAAUGCAACUUUAUAAAUUGUGUCAUGUAUGUCUUUAAAAAAACAAAUUAUACCUUGUAUACAUUGUAAAUUUAUCUUGUAUAAAUUGUAAAUUUAUAAGAAGUAUAUGCUUGUUCAUGGAUAGUCAUCAAAUGAAAUUUAUAAAAUUAUAGUGUAUUUGCAAUGAUUUCAUCACCUUUGGGUAACAUAUGAAAUAAUUAACUUAGCAUUUAUAAUAAAUUUCGAAGUCAAAUGGCAGAAUUGCGCCGAGUAAAAUUCAUGCUACAAUUUGAUCUCAAGGAGCUCAGGUUUAAAUCCCGGUGAAGGCUUAAUUUCUUGAUAUGAUGGUUAACAUUUAACCCCUUAUAAACGCACUUCAACGCUUUUGUAUUCCCUUAGAAAAUCUAAUUACAUUUAAAAUCUUUUCUAGAAUUUCAAAGGCGUCAUUCCAACCUUAAGAUUUUGAUAAGCAGCAAACAGCAUAAAACCUGAACAGACUGCAAGUUACUCGCAGGCUGUUCUGGUUUUAUGCUGGAUGCUAAAGCCAUUUUCACUUUGCUUCUGAUGAGGAAAGGGUUAAACUUCUUUUCAAAUACUGAUGUUUAGCUUGGCAAUUCUCCAAAUGGUCUGAGAAAUACUUCUUGCCCAUAUGUCAGUAUUGGUGUUCCUGUAAUGCUGUGGUAAAUGUAAAAGAACCACAUCUCCAUAAUGGUAUUUCUGCUAUAGAUAUUCAAUGGAAAAUUUACACAUGUAUUUGGUGUCAUUGGCAUAACCAACUUAAAAAACUCUGACCUGCAAUUUAGCAGAAUUAUGCUCAUUUUUGUACUAAAAAAAAUAUGUUUAACUUGUGUGUGCAUUUAUCCAGUAACUAUAUUUACUACAUAUAUGGUACGAACACAGGAUCUGUAUGAAAAUUCACUGACCAAAAUCUACAACUUUGACCAGUCGUUAAGCAUUAUUAUGUCCCCUUUUGUACUUAGAAUGCAGGCAAAGGUUUGGGUGCAAAUUGAAAUUCUAGUUUAAGUUUUCAAGCAAACAACUCUCUUAUCUCUAUCUUACAUAUAUCAUAUGGUUGCAUUUUGGCCAGCUGGGUCAAGGCAUGGUCACUGUUGCUAAAAAUAGCUUAACUCUUUCAGUGCUGGAACCGAAUUUUGAAGGCCUUUGCAAACAGUUUGGAUCCAGAUGAGACGCCACAGAACAUGGCGUCUCAUCAGGAUCCAAACUGUUUGCUUUUCUGAUAGUAUUCUUUGAAAAAAGCGAAGAAAAUGCUAAUUUUACAAAUCCAGCAGACGACAUUUUAGCAGACGACAAAUUUCCCAGCAUGCAAAGGGUUAAAAGUUAGCACUCAAUAACUUCAGUAAGGAUGGAGAUAUUGUGCUAAUAUGGUUUAUGUAGAUACAUUAUAGGCUUAUCUAGAAAGUGAUUGCAUUAAGAGCCAGUGGGGCAAAGGUAACUCCUUCUAAAAUAGAAAAAGUAUUUCCGUUCAAUAAAUUGAGUUUUGAUGUAGGUAUUGGGCUCUAAUUUUGUUUGAAAGUAGCUUUCAUACAGACUUAGAGUGGGAUUCCAAUUACCGGUAGGAUCAGUUUGGUCAAGGUCAUUGUUACUAAACAUAGGUUUUAGCUCAAAAACUUAAAUAUGUAUAAUUAUGGAGGUAAUGUACAGUUAUUAUGUGCAAAAGUAGCUGAGAUGAACACCUUGCUUACAAAGGUAAUGAAAUUGAGAUUGAUAAAAAGUUGAAAGUGUGAUUUGUUGACAUUUCUCCUUUUAAUAAAUACAUUUUUAGCGUUAAGUUUACAUGUACCAUAAAACAGAUAUUGAACAUCAAGAAUGUGUUUUAGUCAUUAUAUCUUGUGACUGACAGAAUAUGUAUAUUAUACUUAAAGCUGAAGAAAAGUCAAGUGCAUUGUCUUGGCACAGCUGUUGUUAUAUUGGCUUUUUCAACAUUUAAAUACAUUUUCAAAAAGUAUGAACAUCUGUGAACACACCCCAUCAAUGUCAUCUGCUUCCGUACAAUACACAUUAAAUUAAUGCUUGAGAUAUGAACAGUAUAUAAAUCAAGAUUACAUAAUUACACAUUUUAUUUGACUUAAGUUUGUUGAAGGGAGGAAUAGACAACUGAAUUUCUUUUAUCUUUGUACAAUUUGUUUAUAACAUUUUAUUAUAUUUUAGAAAGUAAAUUGACAUUAGCAUGUGCUAUUUUAUGAUUUUUUUUCAGAUUUUUUUUUCAAUCAACAAAAAGUGUGAAAAUGAAUAGCAUUAUAUUUGUUGAAUUUUAUUCUUUAAAUAUCAUAUGUCAUUGGCAAAUGAGGUAGGUCUUUGUAUGUUGUUUGUACAGAAUCUUUAUGAGUUGUUAUUAUUCUGCUCCAUUGUAAACCUUGAUUUACUGAAAUACAUUAAAUAAAAUAAUCAGAAAAUAUA